ACGACCUGCGCCUCUGGCUGCUCCUCUCAUCUUAGGCGGCCCGCGGACAUGGGGCAAGAACCGCGGACGCUGCCUCCGUCCCCCAACUGGUACUGCGCCCGCUGCAGCGACGCCGUACCCGGGGGUCUUUUCGGCUUCGCGGCGCGGACCUCGGUCUUCCUAGUCCGCGUGGGCCCGGGCGCAGGCGCAAGCCAUGGGACGCCCCCGUUUCGAGUCAUAGGGGAGUUGGUGGGACACACCGAAAGAGUCUCUGGCUUCACGUUUUCUCAUCACCCGGGUCAAUACAACCUCUGUGCCACCAGCUCUGACGAUGGGACUGUGAAAAUCUGGGAUGUAGAGACGAAAACAGUUGUGACAGAACAUGCACUCCAUCAGCAUACAAUAUCAGCAUUGCAUUGGUCUCCUCGAGUAAAGGACUUGAUAGUAUCUGGGGAUGAAAAAGGGGUCAUUUUCUGUUACUGGCUUAACAGAAAUGACAGCCAGCACCUCUUUACUGAACCCAGGACAAUUUUCUGUCUUACUUGUUCACCUCAUCAUGAAGAUUUAGUAGCCAUUGGCUACAAGGAUGGCAUGGUGGUUAUAAUUGACAUCAGUAAGAAAGGAGAAGUAAUUCACAGGCUUCGAGGCCAUGACGAUGAAAUCCACUCCAUAGCCUGGUGUCCCCUCCCUGGUGAAGACUGUUUAUCCAUAAAUCAAGAGGAAAAUUCAGAAGAACCUGAAAUUCCCAAUGGGAAAGUUAUACCACAAACUCCAGUAACAAAAGGCUGCUACUUAGCCACUGGAAGCAAAGAUCAGACUAUUCGAAUCUGGAGCUGCUCCAGAGGCCGAGGGGUAAUGAUUUUGAAAUUGCCCUUUUUGAAGAGAAGAGGAGGGGGGAUAGACCCAACUGUUAAAGAACGCCUUUGGUUGACACUCCAUUGGCCCAGUGAUCAGCCAACACAGCUGGUAUCCAGCUGUUCGGGAGGCGAACUGCUGCUAUGGGAUCUCACCCAGUCUUGGAGACGGAAAUAUACCCUCUUCAGUGCUUCAUCAGAAGGGCAAACUCAUUCAAGAAUUGUGUUUAAUUUAUGUCCUUUACAAACUGAAGACAACAAAAAACUGCUGCUUUCCACAUCAAUGGAUAGAGACAUAAAAUGUUGGGACAUGUCCACCAUGGAGUGCUGCUGGACCCUACCUUCCCUUGGUGGGUUUGCCUACAGUCUUGCUUUCUCUCCUGUGGACACUGGCUGUUUGGCUAUAGGCGUUGGGGAUGGCAUGAUCCGUGUAUGGAAUACACUGUCCUUAAAAAACAACUAUGAUGUGAAAAAUUUUUGGCAGGGUGUCAAGUCCAAGGUUACAGCGCUGUGCUGGCACCCAACCAAGGAAGGUUGCUUAGCAUUUGGAACUGAUGAUGGAAAAGUGGGCUUGUAUGACACCUACUCCAACAAACCGCCACAGGUUUCUAGCACAUAUCAUAAGAAGACUGUGUACACUCUAGCCUGGGGCCCACCAGUGCCCCCUAUGUCACUCGGAGGAGAAGGAGACAGACCUUCCCUCACGUUAUACAGCUGUGGAGGGGAAGGGAUUGUCUUACAGCAUAACCCCUGGAAGCUUAGUGGAGAGGCCUUUGACAUCAACAAACUCAUCAGGGAUACCAAUUCAAUCAAAUACAAAUUGCCAGUACACACAGAGAUCAGCUGGAAAGCAGAUGGCAAAAUCAUGGCUCUUGGCAAUGAAGAUGGAUCAAUAGAAAUAUUUCAGGUCCCCAACUUGAAACUCAUCUGCACCAUCCAGCAGCAUCACAAGCUUGUGAAUGCCAUUAGCUGGCAUCAUGAGCACGGCAGCCAGCCAGAGUUGAGCUAUCUGAUGGCCUCUGGGUCCAACAACGCAGUCAUUUAUGUGCACAACCUGAGGACUGUCAUAGAGAGCAAUCCUGAAUCUCCAGUAACCAUUACAGAGCCUUACCGGACCCUCUCAGGGCACACAGCCAAGAUUACCAGCCUGGCUUGGAGCCCACAUCAUGACGGGAGACUGGUAUCUGCUUCCUACGAUGGAACGGCACAGGUGUGGGAUACUCUGCGAGAAGAGCCUCUGUGCAAUUUCCGAGGACACCGAGGACGACUGCUUUGUGUGGAGUGGUCCCCGUUGGAUCCAGACUGCAUCUACUCCGGGGCAGAUGACUUCUGUGUAUACAAAUGGCUCACUUCCAUGCAGAAUCAUUCCCGGCCUCCUCAAGGCAAAAAAAGUAUUGAAUUAGAGAAAAAAAGGCUCUCUCAACCUAAGUCAAAACCCAAAAAGAAGAAAAAGCCCACCUUGAGAGUGCCCACAAAGCAGGAGUCAUUUGACGGGAAUGAAGAAGAGAGCCUAAAGGAGAGCUCCGGGCCUGUUGAGAAUGGAGUGUCAGACCAGGAGGGGGAGGAGGAAGCACAGGAGCCUGAGGUGCCCUGCGGCCUCACUUCAGCGGUUUCUAGAGAACCAAUUAUCUAUUCUCCAGUUGGCUUGGGCUUUGAAAAGUCCAAAGUCAUCAUUAAUAACAAAGUCACUUUACCAAAAAAGGAGGCAGCUAAAGAGAAACCAGAAGCCUUAAUCAAGAAGAGAAAAGCUCGUUCCAUGCUUCCACUGAGUACAAGCCUGGACCACAGGUCCAAAGAGGAGCUUCAUCAGGACUGUUUGAUACUAGCAACUGCAAAACAUUCCAAAGAGCGAAAUGAGGACGUGAUUACUGAUCUUGAGGACAGAUUUCACCUGGGGCUUUUCACAGACAGGUCUACCCUGUACAAAAUGAUUGAGGUUGAAGGAAAAGGUCACUUGGAAAAUGGCCACCCUGAGUUAUUUCACCAGCUCAUGCUUUGGAAAGGAGAUCUGAAAGGUACUCUCCAGACCGCAGCAGAAAGAGGGGAACUGACGGACAAUCUUGUGGCUAUGGCACCAGUGGCUGGCUACCAUGUGUGGCUGUGGGCCGUGGAAGCUUUCGCCAAACAGCUGUGUUUCCAGGAUCAGUAUGUCAAGGCCGCCUCUCACCUGCUUUCUAUCCAUAAAGUGUAUGAAGCUGUGGAGCUGCUCAAGUCAAACCAUUUCUACAGGGAAGCUAUUGCCAUUGCCAAGGCCCGGCUGCGCCCAGAGGACCCAGUCCUGAAGGACCUGUACCUCAGCUGGGGAGCCAUCCUAGAAAAAGAUGGCCAUUAUGCCAUGGCAGCCAAAUGCUACUUAGGGGCCACUUCCACCUAUGAUGCAGCCAAAGUUUUGGCCAAAAAGGGGGAUGCAGCAUCACUUAGAACAGCUGCAGAGCUGGCCGCAAUUGUAGGAGAGGAGGAGUUGUCUGCUUCGCUGGCUCUCAGAUGUGCCCAGGAGCUGCUGCUGGCCAGGAACUGGGUGGGAGCCCAGGAAGCCCUGCAACUGCAUGAAAGUCUAAAGGGUCAGAGACUAGUGUUUUGCCUUCUCGAGCUACUGUCCAAACAUCUGGAGGACAGGCAGCUUUCAGAGUGCAGAAGCUCCUCCUCUUAUCAUGCUUGGAGCGCAGCCACCGAAGGGCCCUUGGAGGAGAGGGUGAUUGCAGUGUGGAAGAGCACCUUUGGCCUUGAUGCACCAGGGCAGUAUCAGGCAGCAUUUCAGAAGCUCCAGACCAUCAAGUACCCAUCUGCUACAAAUAACACUCCCUCCAGACAGCUCCUGCUUCACAUUUGCCACGACUUGACUUUGGCGUUGCUGAGCCAGCAGGUGGCCUCCUGGGAUGAGGCCGUGAAAGCGCUGCUUCGAGCUGUGGUCCGGAGCUAUGACUCGGGAAACUUCACCAUCAUGCAGGAAGUCUACUCUGUCUUUCUUCCUGAGGGCUGUGAUCACCUAAGAGAGAAACUGGGUGACCAUCAGGCCUCUGGCACAGCAGCUUUCAAAAGUUUGGAGGCCUUUUUUCUGUACGGACGCCUGUAUGAAUUCUGGUGGUCUCUCUCCAGGCCUUACCCUGAAUCCUGUGUCUGGGUAAGUGUUGAUCACAGGAGGAAAACUGUUGAGCACAGCCAGCAGUUGGAUGAUGCCAGCCCUGAAGAAGCUGACCCUGUGGCUUCCUGUCAGCUAGAGCUAAGCAGGCCCCCAGAACAUGACUUGAGACUCAUGGAAGAAAGUGAGAGAGUGCUGAGUGCUUGUAAGGAGCUCUUUUCAGAAAGGCAUGCCAGUCUCCAGAACUCACAGAGAACCAUUGCUGAAGUCCAGGAGACCUUGGCAGAAAUGAUCCGCCAGCACCAGAAGAAUCAGCUCUGUGAGUCCACAGGGAAUGGUCCUGACAAGAGGGAGUCUGAGCAGGAAGGAGAAGGGUCCCCCUCUAGUCCUCAGAGCCAGUGUAGUAAAGAAGAAAAAAAUGAACCAGUUUCCCUGCCUGAAUUAACCAAAAGACUUACAGAGGCAAAUGAGAGAAUGGCUAAAUUUCCUGAGAGUAUUAAGAGCUAUCCCUUCCCAGAUGUGCUGGAGUGUUGCCUCGUCCUGCUUCACAUCAGGUCCCAGUAUCCUGGCUGUGUGACCCCAGAAAUGCAGGAACAGGCUGAAGAGCUCCUCCACAAAUACGGCAACUCUAGAGUUUACAGAAGACAUUGCCAGGCCUGCACGUGAACUUUCAAGGACCUUCAAGAAACUGUGCCAAAUUCUGAAUGUUUGGCACCUUUCACCUCUGCAGUCACACUACGCCACAUAUUUACUCUGAUCCCUAGAUUCUUUUGCAGUUACCCAAAACAGUAUAUAUGAGGGGCAAGUUGGCAUCAACACUGCCCUCAGACAGAGCAGAAUCUGACUUGGUUAUAGAGUUGGAUUCUUUGGACUUAAUUAUGGUUUCCUACUGGAGGAAAGAGUAUGAAAAGCCAGUAGUAGUUACUCAGAAGGUACCCGUGGAGUGAGUGUUGGUCAUCUCUAAAGCCUUAUGCAGGUUUCACCCAAAGAGGAGAAACAUUUUUAAUCACCCAAAGUGUUAUCUUAAACACAAGCUACCUUUCUAAAUAUUUUGCCUAAUCGUAAACAUGUCAUUCUCGGUAGAGAUAGAAUUGCUGCAUUCUUUGGCUAUUGGUAUGAUUUUUUUAGUUGUGUUUUUGUUAACAUGGGUCCUCCCCCUCUACCCAUUCAGAGAUUGAAGUUUGAAUGUGAAAUAGGCCUUUUACCUAUCAUGUUGACUAUUUAUCCUGUCUGAACUUUCAAUCAAAAUUUUGGUUUUGUUUUAUGUAAUUGUUUAUUUGGACAAAUCAUUUACUAAAGCUUGAGAAGAACAGAUAA